AUUAGUAAAUUGUUGAUUACUUUUAGUUUAAUUAUAAUUUGAAAAUCUCCGGUAUCGGGAAUUUGAUCACGUGAUCGAUUAAUCAUCAGAUAAAAUGUAAAAAUGAGGAUAAAAAUUUUCUAUAAUAUAAAAAUAAAUGAGAUAUCGUAAGCGAUAAGUUUUUCACAAUACUAUUUUUAAAAUUAUAUAUCAAGAGGACAUAGUGAGUUAUAGAUAGUGUUUCCUUGAUUGACUUUAAUAUUCAUUCCUUCAUUCUUUCGUUCCUUAUAGCUAUCACAGAACCCAAGAUAAUUUACGCGUUUAAAAGAGCAAACUACAACUAACAUAUAAUCGUCCAAUCAUUAGUAAUCAUGAGUAGAAUACUUUUAUUGUUACAUCCAACUGUGGUGACAGAUCAAGAGUUGGUAGGAAACAUAAAGUCAGAAAUAGCAUCAUCCCAUAAUCAUAGUAAUGAAUAUCAUUUGGAACAACAUAUAAUAGAUCGUGUUACGCGUGGUGAGGUUGAAUUGACUAAUAAUACUUAUAAGCAAAUAAUAUAUGUGAAUCCUAAUGAUAAGGCUUAUCAAACCAUUCCAGCUAGUUUAAUGAAGCUUUUAUAUGAUAUAUUGAUAGAUGAUGGUGAGUUAAGUGGAGAUUUGCCAUUAGAUCAAACUUUGGAUGUAUUGAUGACUGGGUUUAUAGUUCAAGAUAAUAAAUGGAUCAAACCAAAACCUAUUGAAGUAGUAACAUUAAAGAAAAAGUCAACUGUUACUAGUUCAACCACAAGUGUUAAGAAGUUACCAUUAUUUAAAAAGUUGGAUAAUUCUGUGGGAUUAACUGAUACAUCUGCCGAUGAAGAAGAUACUGAAGAAUCUCAAGCUAUGAAACGUAAAUUAGAUGAAACCAAAUUAACUUAUUUCAGUGAUGAUGAAGAAGAUGAAGAUUCAGAUAAUGAAAACAUUCUUAAUGAAGAUGAUUUAAUUCAAGAUGCUAAUAAUCUUGAUUCAAGUAAAUUAAUUAUUCCAAAGAAAUGUGAAUUACCAAAUGGUAAAAGAAGAAGAAAGGCUUGUAAAGAUUGUACUUGUGGAUUAAAGGAAAUAGAAGAAGCUGAAGAAAGUCAACAAAAGUCUUUACAAGAUUCUAUAUUAGGUAAAAUGGCUCAAUCAGCUACUUUAGAAGCUAUUAAAAUUGAAGAAAGAUUGAAGAAAUUAAAUGCUGUUAAAUUUAAAGAUGAAGAUUUAGCUGAAAUCGAUUUCACUGUUCAAGGUAAGACUGGUGGAUGUGGAUCUUGUGCAUUAGGUGAUGCAUUUAGAUGUGAUGGUUGUCCUUAUUUAGGGUUACCACCAUUCAAACCAGGCGAAGUCAUCACUAUUGAUAGUUUAGGGGAGGACUUCUAAGUACCAUCACAUGGUUUUAUUUCUAUUGUUUUCUUAAACAGGUUUAGUUACUAUUCUUACGGUCUUAUUUACGGUCUUAUUUCAGAACAAAGCAUAAUAUUCAUUUCUUAUCGUUUCUUUUUCUUAAUUUAUUAAAAAUCGUUAUUAUUGUAACAAUUGUUAUUAUUAUUACGAUCAUCAUUAUUAUUAAUAUUAUUUCUCAAUUAUUAUAUAAUGUAAUAUUCAAAAUUCUAUAAACGUCACU